AUGCCUAAACAACCUUGUUCAUCACAAAGGAAUGGUAAAACUAGCCUUGAAACGGAUCAAAUUCUCUUGGAAUAUUAUUUAAUUCAUGGAAAUUAUUUGAAUAUCAAUCAAAGUAAUGCCGACUAUCAUUUUACUAACUCUCAAUCGAAACAGAGAUGGAGAAGAAUGAAGGAAUGUUUUACAAAUAGAGUCAUUCAAUCCAAUCCUUCUACCAAUACAACACUGCACAAAAUUUCUCUCCUUUAUCCUAAUCUGAAAAAGACCAUUCUCUUUUCAAUUACUUUAAAUGAUGAGGAGAAAAUUAUUGAAUCAACUCGAAAAGAAAUUGCUAUCAAUCCACCACCCAUUCAACAAACUCCAUAUAAUAGAAAGGGUGUCUCUACCUUUGAAAUUCAUCCCGACUCUGAAACUAUCAAACAAUAUUUCCAAAACUUGUUACAUAAUCAAACUCAUGUCAAGAAGGUUUCACUCAAAGAAAUCAAUGCAAUUUGGGCUGAAAUUGGUUUUGCUCAUUACAAGAGUAAAAACACUACAAAUAGUGAACCUGUCAUUGCUGCUCAACUUUGUUCAUUGAAUGGAAAAUCGUAUGAGAGUGUCAAACAAUCGUUCAAAGUUCAUAGCAAACUCUAUCACAAGAAGGAAAAGUGUUCUCAGUGUAUGGGAUUUGCUUGCUUUAAUUAUUCCAUUCUUUGUAAAGGAUGUACCUAUUUGAAAUUAAUUGAUCAUGAUCCAGUUAUUUGGAUUCAAAAAACAGCUAAUCCCAAAAAAAUAGAAUGGACCUUUACACUUUCCAACUGUAAUAAUUUGAAUUAUACUAGUCUUUUUAAUUUGAAAUACCCAGUUGAUGAUAUUCAAAGUAACGACCUGUCAAUUCAAAGUGAUAAACAAGAUGAAAUGUCAAUUCAAAGUGAUGAAAACGGCUGUGACAAUUAUGAGGAAGAUGAAAUGAUGGAUGAAACUAAUGUAACUCAAUCAAAAGAAAGUAAUCAAUCCAUUCAAGAACGAAUUCAAACAUUUUACACUUCCUGUCAUGAUUAUUGUAAUAUUUUUCAAGAAGAAUUUAAUGGUUUUCAAGAGUGGAAACCAAAAUUUCAAAAUUAUGAACCACCCCAUACUGCUCAUCAAUUAAUGAAUCAAGCUAUGGUCAGAAAUCGAAACUUGUUGAAACUAUUACCUCUUGAGGAGAAUUACAAUUUUAUUUGGAUUCAAAAUGGUUCUGAAAAGAAACAAUAUUCUCAAUGGAUUGAAUUGAUUGAGAAGAAUUUCAAAUUGAAAACUCUUGAUAAUUUUAAUGCAACAGAUCCAAUUAUUUAUGUCAUGAUAUUUAUUUUCAAAAAGGAUUAUCAAAUGGAACCAAUGAUUCAAAUUGGUGAAAGUGAAAAUUAUCAAAAGAGAAUGAAUGGUUACAAAUAUGACAGUUCAGAUCGAUUGAUCAAUAGAGCCUUUAGUAAGGCCACAUUAAUUUUUAGUUGUCCUCUAGAGAUUCAAGCUGAUACACCCAUACGUAAAUUGAAAGAAACCUUUUAUAUUUGUCAAUUGUUGGAACAAGCAUUUCAUCCUCUCAAUAGCAAUUUUAGUGAUCCUGAUAGUGUCAAUCGCUUACAUUCCAUUUUUGAUGGUAAAAUUAAUUUCUCAACAUUGGAUAGAUUGAAUUAUUCAAGUUUUAACACUUCUCUCAAACUUUUACAUCUUGAUUCUGAUGCUAAUAAUACCAUUCAUAUUGAGAAGGGAAAUUAUGUGAUUGAAAGUAAUAAUCAAGUAGUAUUGAGAAAACCAUUUAUAUUCAUGUUGGAAAGAGAGAAAUUCAAACACUACUUUCCUCAUGCUCCUCAAAAAUUGUUGAAUGCCUUUAACAUUGCCUCAAUCAAGUAUCAAGGAUUGAAUAAUUUAUUGUAUGACAAUGAUGAGUUGUACAAGGAGGAAUACUUGCCAAAAUGUUUUGGAAUAAUGAAUAGAAUUGUUCAUCCCAAAGGUUUUGGCAAGUAUUUGCGCUUUGAUUUUCCAAGUGCAUGUCUUGAAUAUGAAAAUGGUUUUUAUCCCAUUUCCUUCCUCUCUAUUCGAUGCAAUUAUGAACAAGUCAUUAGAAAGGUCAUUAUGAAAAAUACAAUCAUGAAGGAUUGUAUCUGCAUUAACGAUGUGGAAGAUGAUAAUUUCAUCUAA